AUGCCGGGGCAAUGGCGCCCCGGCAAGCGGGUUGCAAUCAUUGGCGGUGGUCCCGGCGGGAUUUCCACAGCACUUGCCUUUCGCAAACGCGGUUACGAUGUCCGAGUCUUUGAACGGCAGUCAGAAUUUAAGGCCAUUGGUGGCGCAGUCCUGCUGUCUACGCCAGUGCUAGCAGUUCUACGCUCAUUCGGGAUAGGUCUUAGCAAUGUAGGAUCCUAUACGACAACUACUUUUAACAACGAUCGUGGAUUGGAGCGUGUCAAAUUGCCAUUCAACCCCGAAGUUGAGAGACGUAUGGGGAUCAAAGGUUGGCAUUACGGUGUCUUACGCUCAUCAAUAUUUAAGAAGAUGCUUGACCUGAUUCCUGACACGGAAGACAUUCUUUUUCCCCAUCACGAAUUUGCUUCUUACACUGAUCUUCAAGAUGCUAUUGAAGUCACCUUCAAAAAUGGAAACAAAAUUACUGCCGAUAUUGUCGUUGGCGCGGAUGGAAUUCGCUCAGGUGUCUCAAAGCAAGCAUUUGGUGACCCUAACCUGUUCCAUACAGGUAUUCGCCUCUGGCUUGCAUGGUGCGAUCAAAUCCCUGGCAUCACCGAGAAUACUGGCAUGAUAUCGCAUAGCUCGCAGUAUCAAGCAAGUUAUUUUCCAAUGCUUCAUGAUGGUAAGCCUGGCUUUGAAUGGUGGGUUGUGGAACCUUCCUGGGAGGGUAAGCCAUUACCAGAAGAUCCGAAGGCGCAUUUGCAAAAGAUCCUGGAAAAUUGGACUGAACCUAUGCCUCGCUUUCUUGAUGCCACGAAUUUUGACGAACAGGUUUACAGAUGGGAGAUCUAUAACCGGCCGUCAAUGACGAAGUGGUCAUCUGGGCGUAUAGUGUGCGUGGGUGAUGCUGUCCAUCCAGUCUCGCCAUAUGCUGCAUAUGGAAUGGGAAUGGCUAUUGAAGAUGGGUAUUAUCUUGCUAGAUCUUUAGAUGGGGUUGAUCUGCAAGAUAUUCGCGCUGUGAAUGCUGGGUUUGAGCUAUACGAAAAACAGCGAGUUGACUAUGUUAAUCACAACAUGGAAUUCGCUCGCUUCCUCGGGAGAAUGUUCCACUCGUUACCCUGGCCGAUUUCUAAGCUUCGAGAUAUGAUAUUUGAUUAUACACCCUUCCUUGGCCAUUUCAUGCUAAAGGGCUAUCUUCAGAAGUCAGAAGAGGAAACAAUUAACCUGAAGGAGCUUCAAGUGGUAUAG